CCCUGAGUCAGGACAGUGUGCCCUUUAAAUGGGCCGGUUAUCAAUUCUCGGGAGAGUCUUUUCCAUUUAAACCGUCAAAUUAGCUUCCUCUGGUCAUCUGGGAGCUCCAACUGAAAAAGUAUGAGGGUCAUCAGCAUUGAACCAGACCCUUCUCUUGAGCCAAAAAAUGACGAGGACAAAAUCGAAUACAGGAACUUUGAGAGCGGAGAUCUUCUUGACCGGGUCUUCAACACCUACAAGCUGAUGCACACCAACCAAACCGUGGACUUUGUCAAAAGGAAGCAUGCACAGUGGACAGGCUGUACUCACUCCACCAUGAGCGUGAUGCAGAGCCUGGACGCCCUGGACCAGCUGGUGGACGAGUCGGAUCCGGAUGUGGACUUCCCCAACUCCUUCCACGCCUACCAGACGGCCGAGGGGAUCCGGAGGGAACACCCGGAUAAAGACUGGUUCCACUUGGUGGGGCUCAUCCAUGACGUGGGGAAGAUCAUGGCUCUGUGGGGAGAGCCCCAGUGGUCAGUGGUGGGGGACACCUUCCCCGUGGGCUGCAGGGUCCAGAGCUCUGUCGUCUUCAGGGACUCUACGUUCUCAGACAACCCGGAUGAUAAAAACCCCGCCUACAGCACUGAAAACGGGAUGUACAAGCCUAAAUGCGGCCUGGACAACAUCUUGAUGUCGUGGGGCCAUGACGAGUACAUGUACAGGGUUUUGAAGUUCAACAAAUGCACAAUCCCAGAGGAGGGCUUGUACAUGAUUCGUUUCCAUUCCUUCUACCCCUGGCACUCCCACGGAGACUACAUGCACCUCUGCAAUGACCAGGACCUCAGCAUGCUACCCUGGGUCAAGGAAUUCAACAAAUUCGACCUGUACACCAAGAACCCCGAACUGCCAGACGUGGAGAAACUGAAGCCAUACUAUCAGGCCCUCAUCGAUAAGUACUGCCCAGGAAAGCUGCACUGGUGAGGGGCUGACCCAAACCCGCCUGCCGUGGGAAAGGACGAUGUGACCAGAACCACAUUUCGAACCGUUUCGUCUUCAAUUCAGCUCCUCAGCAAAGCCCUGUCCAACAGGCCAGGCAAUAAAAUGGCUGAUGUGCACAUACCAUUAAUCUGCAGCUACAGUACAGCACCAGAGACAAUUCUGGGAAUAAGGGAAAAGGAACAAUCUUUCAACGAGCAACACUAUGCUGAAGUAUACUUGAUAUUUCAGGUAUAUUUUAUAUUGAACUAUAAUUCAGGUUUGUACAAUUAUGUAUAGAAUUUAUAUAGUAAUAAUAAUAAUAAUCAUGAUAAUUUUGGAAUACCGUGAAAAAAAUGGCAUUUCUCUCCCUUCUCUAACAAUACUUAUUUUCUGACCAAAUUGAUAAAUGACCUGCUUUUUAUUUUCACUUUGCUGCACCUGGGUACUUAUUUGACAAGUGUUAUGAACACUAUAGAAAUGGUAGACCCUCUUACCCCUCUUCCAAGCUCCACUUUCCACCCUUGCUUCAGCCUGUGCUGUCACACCUGCUUCAAAUGCACUUCUCGCCAUUGCCUUCAAGAAAUCAACCGGCAAAGACAAUUUAUACCAUAAUUUCCUUAAACGGAGGUCAUCCGGUAUUAGAUUGGCUUAUUUUAUGGCUUGUCUGUGGUUUCAAAAUUACUUCAUUAAUUACUGCAUCAGUGUGUAAAGGUAGAAGAAACCUGAUCACAACUUUUACAUAUAACUAAGGUGUUCCCCAAGAUUCAGUCCUGGGGCCAAUUUUAUUCACCAAUUAUAUACAUUUACAUUAUAUAUAUUUAUAUUCACAAUAACAACAUUUUUGCAUCUCUGAACACCCGUAUUUAUCACAUGUAGGCUGCAAAUGUAUUCUGUCAAUUAUUAAGUUCCUUUGACCAGAUUACAGAAACAAACUCUAGUUCUGUUAUAACACGACAACGAUGUAAAUGAGGGUCUCUAUGUAGGGCAACAUUACAUGAAAAAUGUCCUCCUGAUAAUGUGAGAAAAGGUACUCAAAGCUUUAAAAAAAAAAAAGGGUUAAAAAAUGAUUCAGACAGACGAAUGGCAAAAAUACUCCAUACUCCACAUUUAUAAUCUUUAUUAUAAAUAGAUGAUACAGAUAAGUAAAGGCAGCAUUUAUUUUCAUGUUCUGUAUCUCAUUAGGUGAAUGAAUGAAUGGGGAAAAGGGAGUGAAUCCUGAUAUUUGCAGAGUGAGCAGUGCUUAAAAGCAAGAAUAAAACAGCAGCAUGACAUUUUGGUUUUGCAUUUGGAAAUAUAAUAUUCUUGAUGGUUUGCAGAAACUAAACAAACAUAUACGCACAAGUCUCAAAAACCUGCAUAUGUUGACAUGAUUAGAAAGCUUGAAAAGAAGUCACAAUAAAAAUGACAACUACAAACGACA